UGUGCCAUAACCGCUGGUGUCGAGUAGUCUGCUUCGACUGUAACAUCACUAGCUAGCAGCUCCAAACCUAAACACAAUGGACUUCAACGUGAAGAAAUUAGCCUCCGGUGCCGGACUGUUUUUCACGCGAGCUGUCCAGUUCACAGAGGAGAAGCUGGGCCAGGCGGAGAAGACUGAGCUGGACGCUCAUUUUGAGAACCUGAUGAGCCGUGCAGACUGCACCAAAAACUGGACCGAGAAAAUCUACAGACAGACUGAAGUCCUGCUGCAGCCCAACCCAAUUGAUCACACUGGUGCCAGAAUUGAAGAGUUUCUCUAUGAAAAGUUGGACAGGAAGGCACCAUCCAGAAUUACCAAUGCAGAGCUGCUGGGUCAGUACAUGCAGGACGCAGCAAAGGAAUUUGGUGCAGGAGCUCCAUAUGGGAGCACUUUGAUCAAAGUAGGGGAAUGUGAGAGAAGAUUAGGAGCAGCAGAGAGGGAGUUCCUCCAGACUUCAGCCAUCAGCUUCCUCACCCCCCUCAGGAACUUUCUGGAGGGAGACUGGAAGACCAUUUCAAAAGAACGACGUCUCCUGGAGAAUCUUCGCCUGGACCUGGACGCCUGUAAAACACGCCUGAAGAAGGCCAAGUUGGCUGAGGCUAAAGCCGCAUGCGAGGGGGAAAUGGCUCCAGAUUUUCAGGAAACCAGACCCCGCAACUAUGUGCUUUCUGCCAGUGCCUCUGCGCUGUGGAGUGAAGAAGUGGACAAAGCUGAACAUGAGCUCCGAGUGGCCCAAACAGAGUUUGACCGCCAAGCCGAGGUUACACGGCUGCUUUUGGAAGGCAUCAGCAGUACACAUGUGAAUCACCUGCGCUGUCUGCACGAGUUUGUGGAGGCCCAGGCAGCUUAUUAUAAACACUGUCAUCUCCACAUGCAAGAGCUUCAGAAAGAGUUGGGAAGGCUUCCCAAUGCUUUCGCACUGAACUCCACUCACUCCAUGGCUGCUGCUGACUCUGCGGCAGACGUCAUCAGCAGCCCUGUGGAGACCGACACACUGAAGAUUGAGGAAGUUCAGGCUCCGGCUACAGGAACCCGCAAGGCCAAAGUCCUUUAUGAUUACGACGCUGCUGACUCCAGUGAGCUCUCCCUUCUAGCUGAUGAGAUCCUACUUAACCAUCGGAUUAAUUCACAUCUGAGGGUCUUUAACUACAGUGGGCUCCAAAAGUCCAUCUCAUUACUGCCAGCCCAGCACCACGAAACUAGAGGCCAUCGUCUUUAUAUCCGAUCCUUCUCCGUCUUUUUUUCCUUCGCUCAUUACGGUUUACACGGUGCCGGGGAUGGACUCUGACUGGCUGAUCGGGGAAAGAGGAAACCAGAAAGGAAAAGUGCCUGUCACGUACUUGGAGCUUCUCAGCUAAAGAAAACACACACACACACACACACACACACACACACACACACACACACUGUUCUACUGAAGCCAUGAGGAUAUUUGAUUCACCUAAAUUCUUUUCACAUUCUUGAAAUAACCUGUAACGUUCAAUAAGCACUCCUCCAUGGUAAGCAGUAGCCCGUUCAGUUGGACACACAAAGUCAUUACUCACAACAUAAUGAAGUACAUCUACCCUGACACAUUGAUAAUGGAGAUAAUAGUUACAGUGAGUAUGAGGAAAUCCCCACAGGGGAUGGGUAACAUUCCUUUUCCAUUUGUUUGGCCAUUUAUUAUGAUGAUGUUUCAAUUUCCUAUUUAUUUCCUAUUUAUUAUAGUUAGAUGAAGUUGAGCUGUGACAGACUGGGACACACAGUCUACAGAGGGGGUUUCCAACCAAAUGAUGUUUUUGAUUUUUUUUUUAGAAAAAAAAAAAAUCUUUAUUGUCUUGUGAUGAAAACACAUUCAUGCCUCUGAUCCACCACGAUGGCCACGAAGGACUCUGUCAAAGUUAGAGGCGUACAGUCGUACUGAUCUGCCUCUAAAUGAAGAGGAGUGCGAGGGGUGUGUCUCGACCAAAUCAUUCGUGUGGAUAAAACAAACAAUAACGCAACGUAAGGCAAUAACGACGCCUCCUCACUUCUCCUGGUUAGAGGGGUGAUGACAGGUCUUAUCCUUCAGCUAAGUCAAUUCAGUGAAAAAGUGAAACAUCAGACUGUCAUGACAGAUGGGUCAUUAUGGUUACAGACAGUUCAUGUUUUGACAUAUCAGAGUUUCUGUUGUCAACAAACAUGGAGGAGGACGACCAUUCAUGCCGCGUUAUGGUUUUAUUGUAAUUCUUCCUCCCUUCCUUGAUCGUAGAAGUGUGUUCUCUUUCUUCCAAUGUAACAUGAAUUGCAUUUCCUGUGUGUUGUUUUUUUCCUUUGUUUUUUUUUUUUUAAUUCUUGAUGAAAGACAAACACUAACUUACACUGAAAACCAAUGACUGAAACAAAGACAGCAAAUAAAGGGUUUUUUUUUUUUUCAGGGGUGAGUUCUCACUCCUGAACUCUGGGGAGGCAGGUUUGUCUUAACUGCUAAUUGAAACGAAUGUGAUUCCUGUUCAGUGACAGUAACUUUCUGUGCACAGUUGGAAGGAACAUUACCAGUAACAGUUGUUGUCUGAUUGGUUCAUAUUACUCAUUUGUCUGGGAUUGGACGUCCCUGUGUGUGUGUGUUUUUCUUUUUCACUUUCUUGCUUCCCACACCUCUGCACAGCACUGAUGAUGUCCCUUUGAAUCAACAUGAACACUCCCAUCCUAACUGCCUUAAGACGAUGGGAAGGCACUGCUAAGGCCAUCUGCUGCAAAACCAGAGAAUGUCCAGAGACUAAAUGUGCAUCACAUACAGCAUGCAAGUCUGUAACUCCUCCUAAUCACGUGUGUGUGUUUGUGGGAUUUCGGUUUGCCCUUAAUUGUGUUGUUUUUUUUUUUUUGGUGGGGGGGGGAUUUACAGUGUUUACCUGUUUGUUGCUCUCCUGUCUGUUCAUCCUUUAAAGUGUCUUCAGUCUUAGUGCUGCAUGUGCUACAGCUAAGUAGCCUGUUCUGCUGGACAUGUAUGUGUGUAUACAAGUCUAUGAUUUAGCUAAGUCUUAUUAAUGUGAAAUGUGGAACACCAGAAUGUCUGCACAAAACCGAUAUGUUCUCUCACACGCGAUAUGUUUACAUGCAUGCACUAUUUUUGGGGGGUUUUUUUGUUUUGUUUUUUUGUUGUUGUUUUUUUUACUGGCCAGGCCUCAGGAGUUUUUUUUUGUGAAAUGAGCACAAUGUUUGAAAAUGCAAAAAAUCUGCCAGCAGAGAAGUGAAAUGAGCUCUAAUAAUUCUUGUUGGUGGAGGAACGUAAUCCCCAUCACAUAACCUGCUUUACCCUUGUGGUCAUUUCACAAAUUUGGGGGAUUUUUUUUUUUUUUUUUUUUUCCCAAAUGUUUUUUUUUUUUCUUUUCUACUACUGCUGGUGUGAUUCUGCUGUACCUCAACGUGUACUAUUAUUUUCUUCAAAAAAUAUGUAUUGCCUGUUCUUUAACCAUCCCGAAUGAACGAAAUGUAUAGAAUUUAAUAAAAAGUCUGAUUUAUUGGAAAA